AUGGCCAAUUGUUCGCUCGAAGGGCUUGCUUCCCAAUGGGAUCAGGACGAAGCUUUGCGGGAAGAUCUACGACAGGGCAAACCUUUGAUAGCCGAGGUAUCUGAGAAACAGGUGGAUAUUCACAUGCCUUCGAGGUACAAUCGUUUGCUGCUUCCAGUUUUGCACCGCAUGCGCGAUGCUUCAAAGAAGCUACCCGGGAUCGAUGAACUUCGGCAUGAGAUUCGAAAGGUGUUGAAAAUGAACAAGCGUGAUCCCACGGACGAGGAGGUGGAUAGGUUCGGAUGGCUGAUUCGGAAGAAUCUGGGCUUCAUUAAGAUGAAGUGUCGACGCCAAGAAGUUCCUGAUUUCCAGCAGUUGUGCCUGGCCCUGGACCCCGACUUGCAGGGCAUCGUGGAUCAGAUCAACGAAUCCCUGGCACGGCGCCGUGCCAGAGCAGAGACUGCUCAGGAGACUAGUGACGACGAGGAUGCCUACGACGAUGACGGAGACGACGGAGCGGAUGAUGACCAGCCCGAUGAGGCUGGUGGCUGCGGUUUGUCCCACCAUUUGAAUGACUUCAUGGCGGCUGUGGGAGAAUCGGCUCCGGAAGCCAGUGCGGCUGAGGGAGAAUCGGCUCCAGCAGCCGAUGGUGAUGCCCCCAUUAUCGAUGCUGAUGCGUAUGAAGGGCCAAUCGAGAACGCUGUCCCCGAUCCAAUCGACACUUCGACGGCUGAUCCCUCGAUUCCCUCGCUCGACUCUUCGACGACUGAUCCCUCACUCGACUCUUCCACGACUGAUCCCUCACCCGGCUCUUCGACGGUGACGACUGAUCCCUCACUCGGCUCUUCCACGACUGAUCCCUCACUCGGCUCUUCGACGGUGACGACUGAUCCCUCACUCGGCUCUUCGACCACUCGGAAGACUACGUUCGUGCCAGAGAAUCCAGGCGCGGGUAAAAGACGGAGUUUGCUCGUUUACUUAUGCUCAUGGGGCCUUGUUCGGACCCUUUGUUUCGCUGAGUGA